UCCAGCGUGCGAAUGAGCAACCCCACUACAUCCCCCGCAUUUGUAUACAUUUAACGCAGCUAAAAAACAAAGCAAAAUGAAAGCACAAACCCUUUUUGCAAAAGCUCCACAAUUCGUGCCUACCUUCCCCCCACUCUGUCUCUCAUCAAAUUCCUGCCAUAAAAAGGCCUUCAUGCUUGAAACUUGAGCCUGCGAUUCACUCAUGCAGCUAUACUUCUUCAUCUCCCUCACCAUUUGCUUCACUUACGGCUACUCGAAAACCGAUGCUCCUCUCGGAUACCAAUUCAGGUUGCCAGUGCCUUUUGAGAACAGUGUGGGAUCCAGCGCUUUUUUGAUUGAGAACAAUGAAACCAAACCAAGUUUUAAAGUUGGAAUGAGUGUGGAACCUGUGAGUGCGAAGUACUCAUGCUCCUUGCAAGUCUUUCUUGGAGAUGUCAAGGUGUGGUGUUCUGGCCAUUACUCAAAGUUUUAUACUUCAAAAAUAUGUGUUCUUGAGCUCUCCCGUGACGGAGAUUUGAGAUUGAAGGGCCCAAAAGGUAGAGUGGGAUGGAGAAGUGGGACUUCUGGACAAGGUGUGCAGAAAUUACAGAUAUUGAGGACAGGCAAUCUAGUUCUAGUUGAUGCACUAGGCAGAAUAAAGUGGCAGAGUUUUAAUUUUCCAACUGAUGUAAUGCUUUGGGGACAGAGACUAAGCGUGGCUUCUAGGUUGACUUCAUUCCCAAGCAACUCCACUUCAUACUAUUCUCUCGAAAUUGAACCCAGCAGGAUUGCUCUCUACUUGAAUUCUGGUAAGUGGAACUAUUCCUAUUGGGAAUUCAAGCCCACCGAGAACAGAAACAUUGCUUAUAUUCAAUUGGGUCCAAAGGGGUUAGAGUUAUUCAGUUAUAAUCAAAAGAAAAUUGCACAGAUUCAUCCAUCUGAUGAAAAUUUUCAGUUUCAGCCUAUGAGGUUUUUAGCAUUGGGGAACCAAACAGGAAAUUUGAGGCUCUAUUUUUACUCACCUGGUAUGUCGAAAUUUGAUGCUUCUUUUCAAGCGCUCAACGCCACAUGUGAUCUUCCAUUGGCGUGUAAGCCCUACGGAGUUUGUACAUUGUCCGGAGCUUGUUCAUGCAUUCCACUCUUGCCCACCGAAAAUGAGACGGGUACUGGUACUAGUACUACUGCUUCUGACUGCAGACGAGGAAUUUCAUCAGGAGGGUUUUGCAAAAAAGGGAAGAAAACGAAGGUGGAGAUGCGUGAAUUGAAGGGUGUUACUAGUGUUUUGAGAGGAGGUGCUAAGAUUGUUAAUGUGAGCAGAGAAGAAUGUGGUAAUUUGUGCUUCGAGGACUGUAAUUGUACAGCAGCAUUGUAUUCUUCUGCAAAAGAGUGCUUUAUAUAUGGAAUGGUAAUUGGUGUUAAACAGGUUGAGAAUAAGGGAAGUGGAUUAUUGAGUUAUAUGGUGAAGGUUCCAAAGGGAGGUCAUGGGGGUCAUGGGAAGUCAAAUUUGAAGAAAUGGGUUUUGAUCUUGGUAGGAGUGGUUGAUGGGUUGAUUAUUCUUCUUGUUUUUGGAGGGCUUGGAUAUUACUUGGUAAGGAAGAGAAGAAGACACUCAUUUGCCUAAUGGCCAUAGCAACUGACUGCAUUGUUUUUUUGGCUUCGAUUUCGAUUUAUAAAGGAAAAGGAAACAGAAUUUUGGUUGUUUUUGACACGUUCAUAAGAGAAGAAGCAAUGUGAUUAAGUUCAAAGAGUACAUUUACAAAGCAACACCUGAAUCGAAUCCAAUUGUUUGUUUGUUUGUUUUUUCAGUUUUUGGGUUAGGCAAUUUUUUAAAUAUUA